CGGCGCUCCCCCCUCCGGGGAGGAGAUUCGGGGAGCGCCGCGGCUAGGAGCCGGCUGAGGCUGGAGGGCGCCGAGGGCUUGCAAAGCUUCUUCGUGUUGGAGGGGCUUGAGCACCUGCUCCUGCCAAGGCCCCCUCCAGGCAACUCCAGGCGGAUCCCGCCGAAUGGGAGACGAGCAAGGGCCUGCGGUCCCCCCCUCCUGUCCAGGGGGAGAGGAGGAGCGCCGCCGGCUGAGGGGGUCUGGCGCUGGGCGGAGCCGAGGGCAGGAACGGAGGGAAGGACCCCUCCGCCGCCGCCCCGGCCCUUGGCUCUGGCCGACUCCAGAGCCCCCCGCCACUCACCAUUCACCGCACGGCUCUCUCUGGGUGGGUCGCCGCCAGGAAGGGCUGCUCAUGGAGCCGCCCCGCCCACCGGGCCCAAGCGGAGAGUCCUGCCGGCAGCCUGGAACCCUCGGCGGGGAAGCUUCCUAGCCUGGCCCCUCUCCGGCUUCCGAGAAGCCAGUGGCCCAGGUUCUGAGCGUCUCUGCCCAGCAAGGGCUCCAGGAGCCUGGCCCAGGCAGAGGAAGCUGUUCCCCCCCAAUGGCUCUCUAUGGAGAACUACAGCCUGCCUUCCUCCAGCCUCCAUUGCUGAUGCUGCCUUCAAGUCAUUGGGAUGCUUUGACUGUGUCAGAUGCUGGAAUCCGUAGGAAAAAAAUCCGUGGAUACGGAGGGCCAACAGUACCUUAUAAUAAUAACAACAAUUCUACUACUAUAGGCAAUUAAGAAGUUUUGGAACACAUUCUGCAGCUGGAAAACUGUAUCCUUUAAGGAGAAUUCUGACAAGUAGUUCCAGAGUCCAAGGACCAACCAGGAACACAAGAUGAAAGUAAUUAAGCAUUCUGAGGAGGCGUUGAAAAUGGCCCUGAUCUCUGAGGACGUGAAGCUUGUGAAACUUUAUGAGAAGUUUGAACUGAAAGAGAAACUUUUGCUAAAUCAAGCAUUUCAACCAGACAGUGUUCUCUUUAAGCCCAUUACACUACUUUCUGAGUCAGAUUGGAUCUCCUCACAUCCACAACCUACCCAGGAUUUUGCACAGUUUUACCACGACCCUCACAGAAACAUACCAUCUCCUCAGAAAAAUCGGAUUUAUAUCCAGCCUAUUGGCUCUUUUGGAGAUUCUAGAGUUAGCACAGACAUCUACAUGAAAUGGCUGAAGGACUACUGUGAAGCCUUUUACUAUGGCCUGACUGUAAAAAUCCUAGAGCCAGUGCCAGUUUCACACACGAGUUGUGCAUUUCGAGUCAAUGAAUAUACUCAGAAUCUGCAGAUUCACACAGGACACCUUCUGAACUAUCUAAAGAAAAAAAAGGCAAAUGAUGCUUUCUGCAUUGUGGGAGUAACUAUGAUAGAUCUUUACCCAAAAGACUCCUGGAACUUUGUCUUUGGACAAGCCUCCUUGACUGAAGGAAUGGGUAUCUUCAGCUUUGCUAGGUAUGACAGUAACUUUUAUGAUGCAAACUACAAAGGCAAGCUGAAGACUACAAAAAAACCUCUUCCAGGAGACUAUUCUAUAUUUGAUGGUUAUUAUACUCCUGAGAUCACAAGUAAAUUGCUACUGAGAUCCUGCAAAACACUGACUCAUGAAAUUGGGCACAUCUUUGGGCUCCAUCACUGCCAGUGGCUGGAGUGUGUUAUGCAGGGGUCCAAUCAUCUGGAGGAAUCAGACCGACGGCCAUUAGAUCUUUGUCCUAUUUGUCUGCGCAAGCUGCAAGUUGCUCUUGGCUUCAACAUUAUGGAAAGAUACAAGGCACUGAAGAGAUGGAUAGAGGAAGAAGUUAAUGAAACAGAAGAAGGAAUCAGUAAUAGUCCUAUAUCAGGUUUGCAGAAACCAGUGGAAGCAUUUAAAGAAAGCUGUGACUGGAUUGUCAAAUGCCUAGAUAUUCUGGAGAAGUAAAAUCCUUUGGUAUGUAGACUGAAAGAGGAUACUUUUAUCUGUUGUGCUUUAAAUACUGCUAAAACAUAAUUUUUAAAAUACUAAGUUUCAAAUGAAACAUCUUAUACUAAAAUUUAACCUGUUGGUUUUGUGAGUUGGGAUUCCUGUUAGCUAUAUCCUCUUUCAGAAUACCGGAUUCAGCUCAUAAAACAUGAUAGGCUAUUCAAGAUAGGAUGGCAGUCUUACCGUUAUGUAUCUGCAACAUAGCAGUGUAGCAUUUAUUUACCUUGUAAACCAGGCACUCUGACACAAGCAAUAAUAAUUCUCUAUUAUACAGUGAAACACACACACAUUGUUCAGAUAAUGGCUACAUACAUACCUCACAACUAGUUUUGUAAUUCUUCCUAAUUAAACUGUGAUAUGCUGCUGGUGCAUGCAGUCCCCUUUGCUUUUUCUUUUGCUGAAGUAGAUAAGCAACCAAGGAAACAGUAAUUAAGCAUAGCUUUUCAUUUAAAAUUAUUUUCUUAUUUGGCCUUGUUUGGAAGUGGUAAGCUAGGAUUAGUUUUAGGUUCAGACGUAAGAAAGCUAUGCUAAAUUGUAGCCUCCCUGUUUGCCUACCCAUUCAUGUGAAGGAAAAUAAAUUGCAUACACUAGCACAUUAUUUGUGCAUAUCACAGUUUAAUAAGAUAGGGUUCAUGCCUUUCUGUGAACUAUGCAGCCAGUACAGAUGCAUCACAUAAAGAGAAGUUCUUGAUUAUUUAUUUUGUGAUAUUUAUUAUAAAAGUACAAAUCUGGAAAAGGGAAUUUUCAGAAGGAGUCUGAAUUCACUAAAGUUCAGUUCCAAAGAAAUGCUUUAGAGUGAGAUGUCAAAUAUAUGCAAGUCGUGGGAAUUUUCUUUAAUAUGAAAUAAACUGUCAGAACAGACAACACUUUCUGUUUUCAGCGUCAAACUAAAGUGUGCAUAUUGUCUGUAGAAAUAAGUGUAUAAUAAUGUUUCUGAUCCUUAGGAUUGCUCAAUAAAAGGACAUUGGGGUUUAAAUAUUAUACCCAUUUACUUGGGAGGUCCUUUGAAUUCAGGGGGACUUGCUUCUUGUUUUUUAAAAGUAGCAUAUUAUCUAACUCUCGAAGGUGUCUGUUUCAAAGAUUGAAGAAUGUGUAAAACAAUUAGCUAAUAAACAAAAUGUUCCACUCAUUUGGUGAGCCA